AUGCGUUACUCCGUGGGGCCGUUGUCUGGCGAAAGCGUGACCGUCACGAAGAUUGGCUUCGGUGUCUCAACUGGCGUUGAGAUGCUGCUGGAAGACAGGCCUGAGAUCGUCGGUGUUGCAGUUGAUGUUGGCGAAGGAACCGAUGGGCUAGGAGUUGAUGUAGUUUUGACCGAUGAUGUUGAUGUAGGUGUUGGCGUAGGAGUAGACGAGACUGGUGUGGGUGUUGACGAUGACGACGAUCUCAACACACUGCUCGAGCUGCAGCUAGAUGUCGACGCGGGCGCCGGUUGA